GCUCGCCGCCCUCAAUAUCCAAUCCCGCCGCUCAGAUCUCUCUCCCGCAGCCAAGCGUCCCAGAGUGCAGAAUAAGUCUUAUAAAUUGAGUCCAGAGAAGAAGCUGAAAUUUGAGACUCCCAUUGUCCUUCGUCGUUCUCUAAGGACACGGGGAAAGCCGCCGGAUUCUUCUACGUCUGGUGGCCUUAAGGAUGACUUUGAUGAAUCCAAAAGUGAGAAUAAACUGGGGCCUCAGUUCUCCCCUGCCAAAGUGCGUAAAGAACCUGUACCUAUCAAUAUGAAAGAUGCAUUUUGUGGUGAGAAUUAUGGCCCAAACCAACAGUUGAUUGAAACAAUUAAAAGUUUAUCAAGAAAAGAACAACUAGACGAGAAUGCUGAUCAAGAACUUAUUGUUUGUGAACAAGAGAAGAAGAGAAGACCUCCAUGUUCAAUAGAUAUUGAUUCAUUGAGAUUGGAACCAGAAAAUAUGGCUCGGGUUGUUCCUGGAAGAAUACUAAAUGUGAAGUUUAUCCCUACAGCAGGGAUGAGAAUGGUUGUUGCAGGAAAUAAGUAUGGAAAUAUUGGUUUCUGGAAUGCUGACGCCAAAGAGGACGGAGAUGGGAUUUAUUUGUAUCAGCCUCAUUCCAGUCCAGUAUCAGGAAUAUUAAUUGAUUCAUUUUCACAGUCAAAGAUGUUUACAUCCUGUUAUGAUGGGUUUAUCAGGCUGUUGGACAUUAAUAAGGAGUUAUUUGAUUCCAUAUAUUUAAGUGAUUAUUCUAUAUAUGCCCUAUUUCAAAGGCCAAACAAUUCGAAUUCAUUAUAUUACGCUGAGGGAGAUGGAUAUCUUGGAAUAUGGGACUUGAGAGCUGGAAAGUCAUCAUCAUCAUGGAAAUUGCAUGAAGAUAGGAUCAACUCAAUAGAUUUUAACAUGGAAAAUAGUAAUACUAUGGCUACAAGCUCAACAGAUAGAACUGUAUGUGUCUGGGAUAUGAGAAAUGCUGGCUCUCAUAAACCAAAACCUUUGAGAACUAUUCAACAUGAAAGAGCUGUGCAUUCUGCUUACUUUUCACGUUCUGGUCGACAUCUUGCGUCAACAAGUUUUGAUAACAAAAUAGGCUUGUCAAGUGGAGCUAAUUAUGAAGAUGUAAGCAUGAUCCACCACAAUAAUCAAACAGGCAGAUGGCUGUCUUCUUUCAGAGGCAUAUGGGGCUGGGAUGAUUCAUAUAUAUUCAUUGGCAACAUGAAGAGGGGAGUCGACAUCAUUUCAACGCAUGAAAAGACGAUUGUUAAGACAUUACAAAGUGAAUUGGUGUCUGCUAAUCAAUGCCGCUUUGACACACACCCGUACAACGUUGGGAUGCUUGCAGGCGCUACCAGCGGUGGUCAGGUUUAUCUCUGGGGGAUGUCUUAGCCCAACAUAUACAACCUGUUCUCACUUAGCUUCCUCCACCUGUUGGAACGAAAUUUUCUACUAGAAAAUCAUUUAUUCUCUUUUGGCGGAUCAUGUUCCAAAACUAGAUGUACUAUUAUUAUAACCAUAUACUAGUAUGUCAUUAGAUUACCUCUUCCUGGUAUACAUACUUUUAAAUUUGGUUAUAUUGAAGACAGAGGGAGUAGACAACAACAACAACAACCUAGUCGGAUCUCACAAAAUAGGGUCUAAGGAGGGUGUGUGUAUGCAGACCUUGCCCUACUUGAAAAUAGAGACUUUUUCCAAGAGAUCCCCGGCUCAAGCUGCAUAGAUAAAAGAAUCAUAGGAGAUACAUGAAGUAGAGAAAGUAUAGGUAAAGCACCAAGCACACCGAGGCAAGGAAGAAACUAAGGUUAAUGAAGGAGUGUAAUAGGGAAAUAAAAUGUCAUAACAAAUAAAAACACACCAGUCGAACAUGUAUAACAUUAUUUGUGUGCCCAAACACAGAAGGGACAAACUAACUUGGACCAAAUUAUUUAAAAAUUAAGAUGCAACAUUAGAAAAACUAAAAGCGGCACACAAUAAUUAUGAGAAUUAGGUGGUGGUCUUUGGAGGUGUAUUGGCAAGUUUCCAAGUGAAUUCCUUAAUAUCAUCAAACCAAGCAUCCCCUGCAACUUCAUUCAUUGGGAACAACUCUGUUACUUCUUUCACCUCUUCAGGGCCGUCUCCGAAAAAUUAAGGGCCCUCUACGACACACAGAAAAUUGGCCAUUGUGUCAUAAUAUAAUAAAAUCUACUCCCUCCGUCCCGUUUUAAAUCGUCUGUUUUGAUUUUUGGGCAUAUUUAAGGAAAAGAAACACAAUAGAGUUGAUUUUUCAAAAUUGACAUUACUUUUAAAAAGGGGUGACGAUGAAUGAGAAUAUAAAGUGGAGAAGAGUGACUUAUUUUAAGGGUAGUUUAUGUAUUUUACUCUUAAAAGUUUACGAAAAAAACUAACAGGCAAUUUAUUUUGGGACGGAGAAAAAAGGCAAACAUGCAAUUUAAAAUGGGACAGAGGGAGUAUCAAUUAGUUUAUUUAAAAAUAAUUAACAUUAUACUAAUAAGAAUAAUAAAAUAUCAAAUUCAUGGUGUAAUCAAUUGUGUGGCUCCGAAUCUCCAAUGGACUGGCUACUGCUUUGGCUUAAUUCCUUCCGUAUGUAGAUAGGCCACUAGGCCCACUGUCCUUUACUUCUUUGUGUUUUAAAUUUUUUAUAUAAAUAAACAAAUGUGUGUGUG